CGUUGUUAAGCACAGACAACAUGAUACUAGGCAACACCGCUUCCACUUCCAGCAUGUUAGCAUGAGUGAACAGACACUGCCCCUGCAUCUACACUGAAACACCUGUGGACUGUUCGUACACGGAUGAGAUAGCUAAGACUGUUCAGCGAGGUGUGCAGGUUAGAUCCCAAAGGAUCUGCUGCUUCUUCUCUCCUGUUUUCUCUGUUUUCUCCUCCUCCUUCUGCGUACAUCAAAAUGGCCAGUGGGGAUGAUGACGACCCUAUUAUAGAAGAGAUUGACGUGUAUUUAGCCAAAAGCCUUACAGACAACCUGUAUCUUUUCCAGUACCCUGUACGACCAGCUACCAUGACCUACGAUGAUGUUACUCACUUAACUGCCAAAAUCAAACCCAAGCAGCAGAGGGUGGAGUUGGAGAUGGCCAUUGACGCCAUGAGUCCAAACUACUGUAGAAGCAAAGGAGAGCAGAUUGCUCUGAACGUGGAUGGCACCAGCUACGAUGAAACUAACACCUAUUCAGCGAAAAUGAUGGAUAAACAGACUUUCUCCUCCAUCCAAGCCACCACCAACACUUCCAGAUAUGCUGCUGCUGUGUUUCGCAAAGGUGAGCUUCAUGUCACACCUCUGACGGGAAUCCUUCAGAUGAGGCCAAGCUUCUCCUAUCUAGACAAGGCUGACAACAAAACCAGAGAAAGAGAGGCAACCAAUGAGGGUGGAGACUCUUCUCAGGAUGAGGCAGAGGAGGAGGCCAAGGCCAUCACUGUGAGGUUUGCCCGUCCUGAGUCAGAGCAGGCCCGACAGAGGAGGAUCCAGUCAUACGAGUUCCUUCAGAAGAAGCAGGCGGAGGAGCCCUGGAUUCACCUGCGCUACCAUGGUGUCAAGGACGGACGCUCGGAGCACGAAAAACAGUACCUGUUCUGCCAAUCAGUGGACACGUCUGAGAACUCUGAACUGGUCAAAAGUCCAAAGGAAUACCUGGCCAUGCUGAUGCCCCCACUCACAGAGGAAAAAGUUGUGAAGCCUGUUGGUCCUAGUAAUGUGCUCUCCAUGGCUCAACUCCGUACACUACCCCUGGGAGAACAAGUGAAGACCUUGAUGAAGAAUGUUAAGGUGAUGCCUUUUGCCAACCUCAUGGGCCUCCUUGCGUCUGGCACAGACUCAACUGCAGUUUUGCGCUGCAUCCAGCAGGUGGCGCUGCUGGUUCAGGGGAAUUGGGUCGUCAAGAGUGAUGUCCUGUAUCCUAAAAACACGUGCAGUCCUCACAGUGGUGUUCCGGCUGAAGUGCUGUGUCGUGGCAGAGACUUUGUGAUGUGGAGGUUCACACUGGAGCGCUCUGUGAUGAGGAAAGAGGUUGCAUCUAUCAUCAAACUUCCACCGGAGGAUGUGAAAGAGUUCCUGGAGCAUGUGGCUGUGCCGCGUGUUAACCGAGGAUGGGAGUUCCUGCUUCCUACAGACGUAGACUUCAUUAAGAAACACCCAGAUGUGGCCCACAGGCAGAACAUGCUGUGGCUCGGCAUCCAGAGCAAGUUGGAAAAGGUUUUUGUCUUCUCCAAAGAAGACUUCAUGCCAAAGAGUUGUCCUCAGCCAGAGCCGGUGCAUAUCCCCGGGGAUCAUGUUUUGAAAGUGGCUCAAGAGCGAGCGCACACGAACCAGUCGACCUUAAUGAAGGAGCUGACGGUUAAGAAGGAGAACUUUAAGGCAGGAGGCAGCGUGUGCAUCAAACAGGAGCCCAUCAGCGACAGGGAAGAUGAACCGAUGGACACGUCCUCUUGUCUCCUGAACGGUUCUGUCAAUGGUUUCCCCGGAGCUGCCUCCCCCAGCUUUGAUCACGCCAACGGUAACAGAGCCGGUCCCGCCCCGGAGCUGCAGGACUUUGUGAAUAAGACUUUCAGAAAGCAUUUUGUACUGACACUGAGCGAGUUCAAGAGACUCUUUAACCUCCACCUGGCGUCCAUGCCGGCAGGACAGGUGGUCAUCCAGUCCCUCUCAGACCGGAUCCUGCAGGACGCCAUUCUGCUCAACCACUGCAGACAGAUCCCGGUGCCUUUUCCUGCUCAGACCACAGCGGCGCCCGAUGAACAGAAGGUGUUUGGUUUGUGGGAGACGGGAGAAGACUUCGACAAGCACCGCCGGCUGCUCUAUGACCUGUUCUCGAAGAACUACCGCAUCAGGAGGACCAUGCUCCAGGCCAAACUGGCCCAGGAGCUCAGUGAGCCCUCCAAGGAGGACAUGGACCGGCUGCUCAGGGAGUGCUGCAUGAGUCAGGCCGGCAUGUGGUACCUCAAAGGAACCAUCCAGUCAUGACGUUGAGAUCCUGCUCCUCGCCGGCAACCAAUGAGAUCCACUCUUAAGUGUCCAGUGGGAGGGGCAGCCCAGACUUCAGAGACGGGAGCCAAUGGCAGCGCACCAUGCUGCUGCUGUCAGGGCGGGACAGAGGUAUCUGCUCUGUUGUCUGCACAGAACAUGAAGCUUUUGUCAUUUCAGUAGAAGUUACCGUGUCCUUAAGUGACGCUGUGGCGCAGAUCCAAAGUCCACUCACAACAGCAAGAGCUGCAAUGACCUACACACGACAUGAAGAAGAUGCGAAUAGAUUUAUGAGCUUUAUGAGUUAAAUGUUUGAGUUCAUGUGUUCACUGUUGAAGGCAGGCGUGGUUCGGCGCUUUCACUACUUUCUCCUGAUUUGGAAUUUCUGCAGAAGGUAUUACCCACAUGGUUUGUCAUUUUCCAUUCACAAAACACAUUUAAAUGCCUAAAAAAACUGAAAAAUAAAGUGACCCCCUCACUAUUUCAUUUCCAGAUCUUUAUUUUUUACACCUGUCCACACUAAUAC